GAUCUAAGAUCAUGUUAUCAUUUGUCUCACCAAACGCCUCCUUACUGUCCCAAAUUUGGGCAGCAUUGCUCUAACUCGAAAUUGGCUUCCCAGCCCCGGUCUUUAAUACCUCGAAGCAUUCCAUUCAAGGAGAGUUUGAGAACGGGAGAAAAAUCCUAGUGGUCGAAGGAUUGGCUCCAGAACUCUUAUUUUUCUUCUUGUCGAUCGUGGCUUUGAUAGGGUUGACACUUUUGAGUAGCUGCCAAUGGCUUCCAAGAGGAUUCUGAAGGAGUUGAAGGACUUGCAGAAGGAUCCUCCCACAUCUUGCAGUGCUGGUCCUGUAGCUGAGGACAUGUUCCAUUGGCAAGCGACUAUCAUGGGACCUGCUGACAGUCCCUUUGCAGGUGGUGUGUUUCUUGUGACAAUUCAUUUCCCACUAGAUUACCCUUUCAAGCCGCCCAAG